UUAAUUUCCAGGAGUAAAUUCCAAAGGCUAAGUCUAAACCUUGCUACAGAGCCUCUAUUUAAAGACGGAUAGAAGGCUAGGAGGCUAGCUAUCUCUUUAGGUUCUGGUUGAGUUAGUGUAGUUUAGGUCCAUCCAAUUGGUGAAUUCUCUCUCCAGUUCCCCCGCUAUCCAUCCUGGUUUUCCGUAUUGGGAAAUGGGUUGUAAGUGUUGGGACUCCAGGGCUUUUGUUUUCUGGUGCAUUGUGUUGUUGUCUUUGAUCCAUGUUUCCCUGGGUUCCAAGGCUAGGCACUUCAAAUGGGAAGUGGAGUACAUGUACAGGACUCCAGAUUGUCUCGAACGUGUUGUGAUGGGUAUCAAUGGCCAGUUUCCGGGGCCGACCAUACGGGCUAAAGCUGGAGACACCAUUGUUGUGGAACUCACCAACAAGCUUCACACCGAGGGAGUUGUCAUUCACUGGCAUGGAAUCAGACAGCUUGGAACACCAUGGGCAGAUGGGACUGCUUCCAUUUCACAAUGUGCUAUCAACCCUGGAGAAACUUUUGUAUACAGGUUCAAAGUUGACAGGCCUGGAACAUUCUUGUAUCACGGGCACUAUGGAAUGCAAAGAUCAGCUGGCUUGUAUGGGUCCCUUAUAGUGGACGUGGCAGAUGGAGAGAAAGAGCCAUUCCAUUAUGACGGUGAGUUCAACCUCUUGUUGAGUGAUUGGUGGCACCAAAAUGUUCAUGAGCAAGAGGUUAGCCUUUUCUCCAAGCCAUUCCGUUGGAUCGGCGAGCCCCAGAGUCUAUUGAUUAAUGGAAGAGGGCAAUUCAAUUGUUCAUUGGCUGCAAAAUUCGGCAACAAUGCUUCUGUCAGCCAGUGCAAGUUUAGAGGGAAUGAGCAAUGUGCACCCCAAAUCCUGCAUGUACAUCCAAACAAAACCUACAGGCUGAGGCUUGCCAGCACUACAGCUCUAGCUUCAUUGAACUUGGCCAUUGGGGUAGGUACCUUAGUCAUUAUGAGGGCUGAUGGGAACUACGUGCAACCAUUUGCAGUUAACGACUUAGAUAUUUAUUCAGGGGAGAGCUACUCGGUUCUGUUAAGAACAGAUCAACUCCCCUCCAAGAAUUAUUGGAUUUCAGUUGGUGUAAGAGGCAGAGAACCCAAAACACCUCAAGGCCUCACCAUUUUGAACUAUAUUCCCACCUCUGCAUCAAAACUCCCCACCUCUCCACCUCCUGUGACGCCUCGAUGGGACGAUUACAAUCACAGCAAAGCGUUUACUAAAAGUAUUUUUGCCCUGAUGGGAUCCCCUCAGCCACCAAGAACUCAUGACCGCAGGAUUAUCCUCCUCAACACUCAAAACAGGAUCAAUGGAUUCAUCAAGUGGUCCAUCAACAACAUUUCCUUAGCAUUGCCGCCAACCCCGUACUUGGGCUCCAUUAAAUUUGGCCUCAACCAUGCUUUUGAUCAAAGACAACCCCCUGACAACUAUGAUAACAGUUAUGAUAUCAUGAAGCCUCCGGUGAACCCCAACUCAAUUCAUGGAAAUGGAGUUUACACCAUUAACUUCAACACCACCGUGGAUGUGAUACUUCAGAACGCCAACGCGCUAGCCAAUAAUGUUAGUGAAAUACAUCCAUGGCAUUUGCAUGGUCAUGAUUUUUGGGUGUUGGGCUACGGAGAAGGGAAGUUCAAAGAAGAAGAUGAGCAGAGCUUUAACUUGAAGAACCCACCACUGAGAAACACUGCUGUGAUCUUCCCAUAUGGAUGGACUGCAUUGAGGUUCUUUGCAGAUAAUCCAGGAGUUUGGGCAUUUCAUUGUCACAUCGAGCCACAUUUGCACAUGGGAAUGGGAGUUGUUUUUGCUGAAGGUGUCCAUCGUGUUGGUAAAAUACCCAGAGCUGCUCUUGCUUGUGCCUUAACAGGAAACAAGCUCAACUAAUCUAAUUAACUCAUGUAUAAAAAAAUUUAGAUCUCAUUCCGGAAGCAGUUAGCUAAUUUCUGUAUGGUGGCAACAAAUCGGAGUUCGGAUAUAUUUUAAGCUUUUGUAUCCUGAAAGAUACACUAGUUUUCUUGGAAUUUUACAUAUAGCCUUUUGUCUUC